CUUCACCAUACCCUCUCUCUCUCUGGCGUGAGGAUAUUAUUAAUACCCUCAUCCCUUCUCCCAACUUUCUCCAACCCAAAGAAAAAAGCAAGACCAUUUUUCACCAGCCUUCUUCUAAUGAUCUUUCCCUUUAUUCCAUUGAAUUUGUCUCUGUGAUCUAUUUCUUUCUUUCUUUGUUACUAUAUCUUUAAUCUUGUUAUAACUUCAAACUAGCUAUGUUUAUGAGCUUUUGCAGAAAGAGCGUUCACUACUCUUUUCUUAGCCUCACCACCUCCAUAGACACCACUACUUCUACCACCAACACCGACGACAAUCUCCCUUUCGGAUGUCAACCCUACCACCACGGCCAGUACCAUAUUUCUUCUUCCCUUACGGGGGGAGGGUUAGGUUUAAUCAGUGCAAUCGACGGUGAUAUCCAACGUUUGCCCAACGUUAUGGAAUCUCCGUCUGUUAAAUCUACCCCGCCUUCUUCUCCUGAUUAUAUUUUUACUACGCCUCCCAGAAAAGACCCUGGCGGGAUGGGUUUUAUCGAUGAUAUGGGAGGCGGAGUGGACGGGUUGAUGUCGUGCACUGAAAGUCUUGGGUUUGAGAGCUCCGACGAGAGGCGGUUUGACGACAAGAUUGAGGAGGCGAUGGUUGAUCAGAAUGAUGGUAAUCCUGAUAGGUUUCAAAGGAGUACGACGAAGAAAAUGAAAUGGAAGAGAGAGGUUGGGGAAGUCAAGAAGUUUCCACCGCCUCUUUCGUCGUUGAGACCUAACGGCCAGCGGAAUUUCUUUCUCCGUGCGGUAAGGAAGGACGGGCGGCUUGAGCUCACCGAGGUGAAGAUCGAGAGAACCGAGAUUCUCCGGGCUUCAAGAGAAGACGGACGGUUGAGACUCCACCUCAUUAGAGACGACGAUAUCCAAGACUCCGUAGAAGAGGAGGAGGAGGAGGAGGAGGAGGACGUGGUAGAUGAAGAAAUAGAGCGAGAACAAGAUAAAGAAGAAAAAGAGAAGGAAAAAGCAGUAUUAGUAGAAAAAGAAGAAGUGCAAGCUGAAGAAAAGGAAAUAGUAGAUGUAGAAGAAGUAGUACUACAACAAAAAGUAAUUGGGGACUUUGAAGAAGACAGGGAAAAAGAGAGCGCCGUUGAGGAGUGGGAGUUUCCGCUGAGUGGUGAGGGGUUCAGGUGGUGUCACGAGUUAAUGAGCCACCAUGAUCAUCAUCAUCAUCCCCACCAUCAUAGUAAUCACCACCAUAACUUGCAUGUGUGGAGGCAGCAUUGUGUGACAACUGGCUGAGGCAAUUACGAAUUAUUAAGAUGCAUGUACGUUUGUGUCA